GUCUCCCGUCUUCCCUCCCCACUUUCUUCCUCCAGUCUCCCGUCUUCCCUCCCCACUUUCUUCCUCCAGUCUCCCGUUUUCCCUCCUCCCCCACCCCCAGUCUCCCGGCGGCGGCCUAGCUCUUCCUUCCACUCCACCUCAGAAACACCAAGCGACUUGUAUUAUUUCCCAUGCGACCAUAUACACGCACACAACCAGCGACUAACUUUUUCUCAAACUCGCAAGGAUUGCAUUUCCUAUUUUUGAAGGACAAUGGACGACAAAAUAAUUAAGAAAGUAGGCUUGUGAGCUGACUUUUCUUCGGGCUGAUUUUACUCGGGAGGGUAACGUUAAGUAGGAGGACAACUUAUGUGCGUGCGUGUUUUAAACUUCUGCGACGUACAGCUUUCCAUUGUUUUCGUUUUCCAUUUCAGUUUUAAGAGAUUGCUAGUUGUUUUUACAUCAGUAUACGGUUAUUCGUGGGAUCGUCGAUGUGGGUUGUAACGUUAGCUAGUUUUUCUAGCCCAAAAUAAAAGACGCGACAAGAAACGAGUGGAACAACUCCAGGAAUCGACUAGCUAGUUAACUAGUUAGCUUAGCAUGGCUAACUAACGUUAGCUAGCUAACAAUGAACAGUCGUUGGAUGCUUAUUUUUGCAAAGUUUGCAACAACUCGUCUUGUUCAUGGCUAAUCACGUUACUACCACUGGAAAUCGUGGAAAUCCAAAUAAUACAGUGUACUAGCUAGCUAACGUUAGCAGGGUGUUUUGAAACUCGGUGGGUACGACAUCACUUCCACGGCAAGACAACAGUGAGUGUGUUUUUAGAAAUUCAAGAUGCCGCAGCUGGACGGAGGAGGAGGAGAUGAUUUGGGAGCCAACGAUGAGUUGAUCUCGUUUAAAGACGAGGGGGAGCAGGAGGAAAAGACCGCCGAGAAUGUGUCCUCUGAGCGGGACCUGGACGAUGUCAAGUCUUCACUGGUCAACGAGACGGAGAACAACAGCAGUUCGUCUGACUCCGAGCAGGCAGUCAGUCAUAGACGUCCCCAGCAUCACAUACCGGAUUGGGAGAGUUAUGUCAGACAGAGAGAGUUCGUUGCAGAAGCUCUGAGGAGACAGCAACACGACAGUGGGUUGUUCAAGGCAUCUCUGUACGCUGGCUAUCCCUUACUGAUGAUCCCUGACCUGGGUAACCUAUCCAACCUGGGCCACUUGGGGAACCUUGGUAACCCCUACCUUUCUCCUGGAGUCCUCUCACCCGGCUCCAGGACGUAUCUACAGAUGAAGUGGCCCAUGCUGGAUGUUCCUGGAACUUCUGCUUUAAAAGACCCUCGCUCUCCCUCCCCUGCUCACAUGUCCAAUAAGGUACCAGUGGUGCAGCAUAGUCACCUGUCCCCCUUUUCCCCACUCCUGUCCUACAGUCCAGACCCCUUCCCUUCACGGACACCCCCUCCUCACCUCUCAGCUGACACGGGUCUUCCCCCCACCCCCCACCCAGCAGAGCUCUCUCCUUACUACCCUCUCUCUCCUGGAGGCAUGGAACACAUGACACACCCGCUGAGCUGGCUGCAGGGCCAGUCCAUGUACGGUAUUCCAGUGGGGGGGUUUAGACCAUCCUACCCUGCAGCUCUCGCCUUGAACUCUUCCAUGUCCAGCUUUGUGUCCAGUCGUUUCUCACCCCACAUGGUCCCGCCUCCCCAGACGUCAGUCCCCCACCCUGCCAUCGUUUCCACGGCGAUCAAACAGGAACCGAGAGACAGCAACCAGCACGGGUACGCGCACACACAGCUCUUUAAACCACACACCUUUCUCACACCCCCCGUUGCUGACUCUGUAACUCUGUGCUGUGGUGUGUGUAGGAGGUGUGCUGUGUCUAUGGGGGACAGAGAGGAGGAGAAGAAGCCUCACGUGAAGAAGCCUCUGAAUGCCUUUAUGCUGUACAUGAAGGAGCAGAGACCCAAGGUGGUGGCUGAGUGCACCCUGAAGGAGAGCGCUGCCAUCAACCAGAUUCUGGGACGCAGGUGGCACACUCUGUCUCGUGAGGAGCAGUCUAAGUACUAUGAUAUGGCCCGCAAGGAGAGACAGCUACACUCCCAACUCUACCCUGGAUGGUCAGCUAGAGACAACUACGGGAAGAGGAAGAAAAGGAAGAGAGAUGGCAGGCCAGAGACUGCUCCAGAGGGACAGAUGACACACCCCCAGUCAGCUGCUCCAGAGGAGCACUUCUCCGCGCAGCUCAAGAAGUCGUGUGUGUCGUAUGGAACUCAGGAGAGACCCAGUGUGUCUCACACACACCUGACACACACACACCUGUCCCAGGCUAGUCCCGCCUCCUCUCUGGACUCUCCAGCCACGCCCACCACUGCUCUGGCCUCCCCUGCUGCUCCCGCACCCACACACACCGAACACACACACUCACACUCCGAGCACACACAUCCUGAGCAGGUCCAGCCCCUCUCCCUCACCACCAAACCCCCUCGUCUGCAGUCACACAGGGACACACACGGUCAGGCUUACACCCACAUCCAGUCUCACACACAUUCGCAUGUAUUAACUCACACACACCUCCCCCUGCCCCCUACCCCCAAUACCUCUUCAUCCCCCUACUCUCAUCCCCCAUUUUCUCUCCACAUGAGCUCAUCCAGCAAACAUACUCCACCACUUCUGUCUCGACCAAUACCCUUUGCCUCUGGCUUAGCUCCUCCCACCUCUAUCCACCAAUCAACAAUGAGCUCCCAUCAUGCCAGGCUCCAGUCCCAGCCACUCUCCCUCGUCACUAGGAAUAAUAGUUAAAACCCAAAGACGCUAACCACAGAUCUAUGAUCAGAUUCCUCUAAGGCCAGCCGUAAUCUUAAGCAUUACACUACCCCUAACCACAGAUACCUCUAAACCCUGUCUAAUCAUGGGUGGGAUGAAAAAAUAUAUGACCCCCUAUCAGUGUGUAGGAGAGUCCACUCUACUAUGUGGGCAGGGGUGAACAACUCCUUGAGGGCUACAUGAUGCUCCAGCCUAGCAACACACACAAUUGAAAUAGUGUUUGAAUAGAGGUUUAAAUGAAGAUCAUUAUUAAUUGAUUAGCAGAAUCAUGUUAGUGAUUGGGGGGGGAAAGCCUGCAACACCCCCUGUUUGUUGCCUUAGGAUUAGGGUCAAUUUCUUCCUACAUUUUUAAUUGCUUUUUUUGUCUGUAAAUAAACUUUUUUUUAACCUUUUAUAGAUAUUAGACCAGGUUUUAUAUUAGUAUGGAAAGGAAACAAUUAUUGGUCAAUAUUUGACCACACCUCUUAACUUCAUGUAACUACAUUUUUUUGUGAAAUGGUAUUGCAACAUCUUACCUUUUUUUGUAUUAAUUUGUCCAAUUUGCUACUUGUAUAAAAUACAAAAAAGGAAAGGUAAAUUUUCAAAGAAAAAUAGAUCAAAGUAUGUUUGUCUUUGUGGUAGUAAUGUGUGUAGAUCUGUUUUCCCUCCCUCCCUCCCCUAUUCUUUUAUAACCCCCGUGUGACUUGAGUCUUGAUAAUAAACAUCUACUUAUUUCUGAAA